AUGGGGUCGCCGCUGCCGGAGUCGCUGGCCCGGCAGAGGACGGUGGCGCUGACCCGCCUGGACGCCUACCACAAGCAGCUGCUGGAGCUGUUCCGCGAGAUCGGCGUGCCCCAGACGGACUGGGAGGGCCGGCUCGGCAACAUCUGGGGCCAUGUGGUGGCCACCAUGCAGGAGACCGCGAUGGGGUCGCCGCUGCCGGAGUCGCUGGCCCGGCAGAGGACGGUGGCGCUGACCCGCCUGGACGCCUACCACAAGCAGCUGCUGGAGCUGUUCCGCGAGAUCGGCGUGCCCCAGACGGACUGGGAGGGCCGGCUCGGCAACAUCUGGGGCCAUGUGGUGGCCACCAUGCAGGAGCAGCUGCAGGCUCGCCGUGACGAGGUGGUGGCGACCAUGAAGCUGCUCCGGGAGGAGGAGGCGGCGCUGUGCACGCAGCUGGAGAUGCCGCCGCUGUCGCUGACGGCCGAGAUCCCGCAGGAGGCCGACUUCCGCGAGGUGCGCGAGCACGCGCUGGAGCGCUCGGCCGAGGGCGAGCUGGAGUCGCAGGCGGUCUGGGCUGCCGACGGCGAGUUCCCGCUGAGCGAGGCCAACCUGGCGUCGCUGGAGGCCUGGCUGCAGCGGCUCGAGGCCGAGGAGGCGGCCAACAAGACGGAGGCCGAGACGCUGCGCGUGCCGGAGGAGCGGCGCACCAGCGUGCUGGCCAGCUGCACCGGCCACAAGCCCAGCACCCUGCGCGUGCUGCGCGAUGAGGUGGCGCGCCACGAGGAGCUCAAGCGCCAGAACGUGGAGAAGUUCGUGCGCGCCCUGCGCACGGAGAUCGCCGAGCUGUGGGAGCGCUGCUACUACUCGGAGAGCCAGCGGGCCGCCUUCACCGCGUUCACGGCUAAAACGUUCACAGAGACGCUGCUGGAGCAGCACGAGGAGGAGCUGGAGCGCGUACGGCGCUACUACGAUACCAACCGCGUGCUCAUCAAGGACGUGGACGAGCAUCAGAAGCUGUGGAAGAAGAUGCUGGAACUGGAGGAGCGGGCCAACGACCCGGCACGAUGGGAGUGUCAGCACAACACGACGUUUCUGGUGCACGGUCACGACUUCGCCGCGUACAUCGAGCAGCAGAAGCUGGACCACCAGGAGCGCAAGGAGCAAGAGCGUGUCGAGCGCGCCUCCAAGAAGGCCAACCAGCUGGAGCAUUCAUGA